AUGGCUGUUCAAGAUCUUGUCGAGUUAUAUGAGUCACACCGUACUCAAUCAUCUACCAAUCAUCAAACCAACUCGAAGGAGGGAACUAACAAGUCAACCUUGAAGCCAAGCCCAGCUCGAUUCAUCAAAAGAGCGCAACGACAUGACGAAGUCAGCGUAGACGUAUCAAGAAAAGCGGGCAUAUCCUCAACGAACACCUUACAUGGCGAUGUUCUCAAUGCCGACAUCACAGAAGCUGCUGAAAGCAAUGGGGAAACAAUGCCUCUGGUUGGAGGGAAUGUGGAUGUGGGAUCCCCCCCUGUAAUAUACGAUCGCGCACUCCCAGCGUACGGGCCUGCCAUUGGAUCAAAUUUCGAAACAUUGAAAAACCCAAACCAAACUUUCUAUCCACCAAACUCAGACACGACUAAAGUCGCGUUCUCUCACACUCCUGUUGCAGCUACUGUCGUAUUUGCUCGAACUGCGCCGCCAUUGCAUCUUCCUCGGCUUGACGGCUAUCUCUCAACUCUCCCCACGCCAUCGUUCUCGAGGGGGAGCGAGAACAAAGAAACGAUGUUUCCGCCCAUGGAUCAACUUGCCAGAACUGGUUUGUCACUUGAGAAUCUGGAGGCCAACGGUUCAUCAGCGCCUCUUUGGCGGAAUCGCACAACAAUAUUGAGUUCUUCUGUCAACUGGUUACUUGGACUCAUGGGAUCAAGUGUUUUGGCUUCAUUCUACAGUCUUCAGGGCGUCUCCAACACUGUACAAAUUUUUGCUUUGAUCCUGAGUACCAUCGUGCCUCAUGCUGGAGGAAAUGUUGGAGACAAGUGGCGGAGGCUAUUCCUCGGAACUAUACCAAACGUCCUCGCCCUUAAUUUUGCCUCCACCUUGCUUCAGUCCUUAUUCUUCCUGCUCAUAUUUAUGGUAAUUGCUUUUGGAUUGUUGUAUUAUUUCUAUGUCUCGGCCUGUCACUGCGAUCGGUACAAUACCAUCGAGGGACUCCAACAUGCCGCAACCAAAGGCAAACGAUGGGGCCUCCUCAUUGUUACCUUCCUCCUGACAGUCAUAUACCUUCCGCUAAGCACUAUGGCUGUCCACGUUCUAGUCUGGUCUGAAGACCUUUGGGUCGUUCCCAACCCUUAUGUCAACGCAACUACUUCCCCGCCUGUCCUUCCACCUCUGGGUCCGGCAAAUAAAUUUCGUGAUCCGCUAGAUUUUUGCUGGACGACGACCAUGAAACGAAACGAGGUGAAUUAUGCGCCAGUUGCAAUCGUUCUUUCUGCAACUAUUCUUUCCUUCGUAAGGCUCGCCAUAACAUUUUCGAAUUGGAAAUUGCUUAUUUUUCGACAGUUGACCAUAUGGUUUCCAAUAGCCCUGCGCCGUGUCAUCCGACAAUCUGUGCCGAAGGUUGACAAGUUUACCGAACUUGGCCGCCCUAGGAGCAAGGUGGACAUGGAUAGUGAAUAUCACAGACUUCUUCAACGUGAUAACAAUCCCUUUGCAUUUCUGUAUAGCGGUUUUCGAAGGAGGUGGGGCACUUAUGAAUCAACAUACUUAUUUGCGAAGCUCAGUACCCUCGUGAUCAUUGCCGUCCUUGACCCAAAUAAUUGCUUCUUUCGCACUGGUUCUCGUUUAACGAUACCCAUAGUACGCCAAGUGCUACUUCUGCUCUCUACCCUCGGCUUUUUCAUCGCGCAAUGUAUUUUUGCACCGUUUUUGGAUCCAGUGAACAACGCUAGUGAGUGGAUAUCCAGGCUCAACUACGUGGCAACUGCCGCUACGGCGCUUGCAAUUACAUUGAAUGUACCUGGGAAAAACGUCAUCAACACGUAUGUUCUUUACAGCAUAUAUAUCAUAACUUACGGACUUAGUUUCUAUUUCUCCGUCAUUGAUUUGAACAUCACCCAAAGAGCUGUGAAGAGCAUCGAUAUUUUUUCCCCAAGGUUAAACACUUCGCCCUCUUCGUUGCAUAGCACGCGGCGCAUUUGGCAAGAAGCCAUUGCAACUUUGUUAUUGACGACUCCCAGCUGCGCGAUUCCCAAAGACCAAGCGAUGUGUUUCGCGCAAGCGAAAGGUUCUGAAUUUCCACCAUAUCUGUUAGACUUUCAGGGUUCCCCUAGUGAAAGAUUUGUAGAAAACUUAAAGAUUUUGCGGGAGGUCGGAUCCCUUGCUUAUAGUCGGGCGAUCGCCCUUACAACGGGUCCGGACUACGCCUGGUAUCGACGUCUGGAGGACGAGAUUCAAAAGGAGUACACAGGUCCAGACAGCUACUGGAAAGGGGGUCCAGCGAUUCCGAACUGUACAAGCUUUUUUGGAAAUGCCUGGUGGAUUCCUUUCCCACCGACUCUUGUCAUUCAGUAUGAUGAUGGACCCUGUGCAGUUUUACGCGAAGCCUCGGACUUGGAAGCGUAUAUUGCACAGAAUUCUAGUCCCGAUAUACAAAGGAGACGGCAGGUGCGCAUGUCGCUACGUGCUUUAGAAGGGCAGACUGUUCACUGGCCAUACGAACGCAUUAAUUCCAUCGGAUCGCAGCAGUUCUGGUGCUGUUGGAGGAAACGUUACACGGCAUCAACGUCGACGAGCUAUCGCUUCUGUAAACUGCGCAUUAAGCGGAAAGGCCACCUCAUGUGGCAUGGCCUUCAUCUAGGAAGUGGUUUUCGCGUCGAACUCGAGUACUCUGAGCGCUUGCAAGUUUCUGGAACUGUCAUUGGUUUGAACGACGAUUUUGAUUUGACUUCGACCUUGGCUCGCUUCCUAGAACUCAACAUGGCAUUGAUAGACCAACGACACCACAGAAUCGAGACCGAAAUGUGCAACUACAGACGUUACAAUCGAAGAGCUUGUCGGUGGAAGAGUAGGGUCCUCACGUACCAGUUCCUUACGAACGUAUACGAUAAACCUCAAGAGGCUGACGAGCUCGCGCGCGGUGCCGUCAAAUUCGAAUGUGAUGCCCGAGUUUGCCAGCUCAUUCUCCGUAGCGAGGCGGCAAUUGCAGCUACUUAUCAACGAUUUGGAGCAGUAUCAAAGUCUGAAGCAGCGACCUGGUGGUACAUAUUUUGGGAUGAUUUAUGGAGAAGAAAUCACGACACGAUCAAGGGACUACAACGGCACGCAACCGAAUUCAAUCCUCAUUACGCGACCUCGAUUGCAUAUAAUCCUUUGCCCAGAGCUAAACUAGAGAGUUUUCUCACUCAGCGUGGCUUACUUCAUAAGAAACCUCGAUGGAAUGAUUUUUUCCAUUCAGGCUUCUUGAACAAACUUUACCUGCGUCUAAAUGAUGCGGUUUUUAGAGACUCUAGUCGAGCUAUCAUGUUCCAUCUUGGUGAUGAUAUGUGCGAAUUCGACAUGGAAGACAUAGACCUCGCUACGCAAGGGCGGAAUUCUACUCUUGGCACAGGUGGAGGGACUGACCACGAUUUGUCGUGGAUUCGAGCACGUCCUGCAUAUCGUUGGGAGGGUCUUUUGAACGAUCCACCUCGCAGCGGCACACACAAUAAACAGAAUUGGCUGGGGAAACUCGGCGCUUGGUUUGGGAUUACCCCAUUGUGGAGGUCCGGGCAGCCAUCGAACGGAAUAUUUAUUGACGUUCGCCUUAAGAAUGGCCGGUUCGUACUUAUUGACAACUCGGUGUCUAGUAUGGGUAGCCAUUGA